GUGGAACUCUUUUGUGUCUAUCCAACAUGGCGGUGUGUGUGUAAACAAAAACCUGACGACGGCGGAUUCAUUAUGUUUGUCUGUGUAUGUAGGAAGUAAUGUGUCGAAUUAUAUGUCUUACUUGUUGAUGACAACUGUCAUAUUGAAUUAAGGAACAGAACAUGGCGAUUGCUUCGCUUUCUCGGGUGUUUAUCGAUAGGGACGUGGAGACGCACUUGGUGACGGCUUGUGAACGGGGAGAAGUCAGUACAGUACUGAAAAUGAUGAGACUGAAAGUCAACCCGAACGUUAAGGACGGCACCGGGAUGUAUGCAAUAACGAAGGCAGCGGCAGGUGGCCAUGCAGAGAUUGUAAAAUCGCUGAUAGAGUCUGGUGCUAAUGUGAACGUGGUGGCGGGGUCCUUAGUCACACCACUCCACCUGGCUGCCAGAGGUAACCACGUGGAUGCGGUGAAACACUUAGUGUUGGCUAAAGCGAAUCUGGAGGCACGAACGGUGGCGGGGGUGAGCCCGCUCGAUCUGGCGCGUUACUCCUCAGAGGCAUGGGAAGUCAUCCGCGAUGCCAAGAAAGGCGAAAUGCCAGAAGUGGAGGAAAUCAGUGAGGUUCCGGAAGUACCGGAAUGGGCACUUCCUGACGGUGCUGCUAAGAAAAAGAAAACGGGGAAGGGAAAGAAGGGGAAAAAGGGGAAGAAGGGUGGAAAGAAAGGUGGAAAAAAGGGAGGGAAGAAAAAGAAGAAAUGAUUUACAUAAUGAAGAAACAUUAUAUUACCAAUAUAUAUUUAUAUUACAAAUCUGUGAAGCAGUCCAUCGGUGUACUCGUUACCUUAUGUAAUUCUGUUAUGGGUCAUACGUGCAUGUAUGUUCAUAUCCAGUUCUAUCAUUUACAUAUGUAGUUCUCAUUGCAAUAUUUCAUAGAAUUAAAUUGUUAUGAAUUGUA